UGUCAAGAUCCAUUGAGAGAAUAUUAUUUAUUUAACACUUCUUAUUUACGAUUUGCGAUAUCAAAACUGUCUGAGUGCCUUUCUCACAUCACGAGUUGAUAACAGUUCAAAUGUAUUCAGUGUUUUGUAAAAUUUCUUCGAGUCAUUCUAUGAUACACAAAAACGAGUGUAAAGAAUAAAAAUAUCAUCAUUUGAAUUUGAGUAGAAGUCCAGAGUUUUCAUUAAGAUUGCGCGCAAAAUGGUCGGUUGUGCAAUAAAUUGUUUAGUGCAUGUAAUAUUCUCUAAAUGGACCCUUAUAUCAGCUAUUCUUGGAUAUUUUGCCUACAAAUGGAGCAUUGCAACGUUCGAUACCUUCGAAAAGCGUGGUAUUAAGUACAUCCCACCAAUACCACUCUUUGGGAACUUUAAACAUAUUAUUUUGCAAACGAAAACUUUCGUGGAUGGAUUUCAUGAACUCUACUGGUACUUUCCUAAUGAAAAAUUUUGUGGUGUGUUUCAAAUGCGAAGGCCGAUUUUCUGGAUCCGUGAUCCAGAGUUGAUCAGACAAAUUGCUGUCAAAGAUUUUGAUCACUUUUCCGACCAUCCAAUAAAUAUUGAUGAGAGUCAUGAACCACUAUUCGGACGAAAUCUUUUAACUCUGAAAGGCCAAAGAUGGAGGGAUAUGCGUUCCACCUUAAGUCCAGCUUUUACCGGUAGCAAGAUGAGGACCAUGUUUCAACUGGUUUCUGAAUGCUGUUCUGACACCGUAAACUUUUUAGAAAAAGAAAUUAAGGAAGGCAAACCCCUUUUAACAGACUUAAAGGAUAUGUUCUCACGAUAUACCAAUGAUGUUAUCGCAUCAUGUGCUUUUGGGCUUAAAGUUGAUUCUCUCAAAGACAAAAACAAUGAAUUCUACUUAUACGGGAAAGAAGGAUCCAAUUUUGGUAAACUCCGCACCAUUUACUUUUUCAUGCUGAUGUUAUUUCCAAAAUUAUAUAAGGUUUUAGGAAUUUCUCUAUUCUCAGAGAAAUUCUCAACAUUCAUCAGGAAACUUGUUUGGGAUACCAUUCGACAUAGAGAACGUGAGAAUAUAGUCCGUCCGGAUAUGAUUAAUCUCCUAAUUCAAGCUCGAAAAGGAAAACUUAAACAUGACGAUGAAGUUAAUGAAAAGGAAGGAUACGCUGUGGUCCAGGAAACUCACGUCGGAGAAGCUAUUCACCAGAGUAAGCUCCAGGAAGAUGAUUUAACAGCCCAAUGUUUGAUCUUUUUCUUGGCUGGAUUCGAAACCAGUAGUACGUGUAUGUGCUUCACAGCUCAUGAACUAGCUGUGAAUCCAGAAGUUCAGAAGAAACUCCUUGUAGAAGUAGAUGCCAUGAAAGAAAAGCUCGGUGAUAAACCUCUAACUUAUGAAUCGCUUCAACAUAUGCAUUAUCUGGAUAUGGUCAUUUCGGAGACCCUUCGAAAGUGGCCACCGACUGCUGGAACUGAUCGUGAGUGUGUAAAACCUUACAGAAUUGAGACAGACACUACUAGCUGUGACGUGAAAGUUGGAGAGCCUAUUAUAAUACCUAUCGUGAGCCUUCAUCACGAUCCACAGUAUUUUCCCAAUCCAUCUCGAUUUGAUCCUGAGAGGUUUAGUGAGGAGAAUAGGCACAACAUCACUCCGUUCACAUAUCUUCCUUUCGGAGUUGGUCCAAGAAACUGCAUUGGAUCGAGAUUUGCAUUGAUGGAGACCAAGGCUAUCAUUUACUACAUCUUGACCAAGUUCACAUUUGAAGUAUCCGAGAAGACACAAAUUCCCUUAAAACUUUCCAAAUCUGGGUUCUUUAUGAAACCCGAAAAAGGCUUCUGGGUAAAUCUUAAGCCGCGAAGAACUUCAACUUCAAUUGUGCGUAAAAUGAUCGGUUGCGCAAUAAGUUGUGUAGUCGGUUUGGUAUUUUCCAAAUGGACUCUUUUGGUGGCUGUUCUUGGAUAUAUUUUCUACAAAUGGAGCACAGCUACUUACGAUACUUUCGAAAAGAGAGGCCUCAAAUUCAUUCCACCUGUUCCAUUUCUUGGCAAUUUUCAUCAUAUAAUUUUGCAAACUAAAAAUUUCUCAGAUGCGACCCGAGAUCUCUACAAUUACUAUCCGAAAGAAAAGAUUUAUGGAAUGUUUGAAAUGAGGAGACCACUUUUCAUGGUUAAGGAUCCUGAAUUGAUCAAACAAAUAGCAGUGAAAGAUUUUGAUCAUUUUCUUGAUCAUCGCCUGAACUUGGACGAAACUCAUGAUCCAUUAUUCGGACGCAAUCUUUUUUCAUUAAAAGGUCAACGGUGGAGGGACAUGAGAUCAACCCUUAGUCCAGCUUUUACAGGAAGCAAGAUGAGAACCAUGUUCCAAUUGGUUUCUGAAUGUUCUUCCGCAACCGUGGACUUUUUGGAAAAGGAAGUAAAAGAUGGCAAACCACUCUUAAUGGAAUUGAAGGAUCUCUUUACACGAUUCACCAAUGAUGUUAUUGCAACGUGCGCUUUCGGGAUCAAGGUGGACUCUUUCAACAACAAAGAUAACGAGUUUUAUCUUCAUGGAAAGAAAUCAUCAGAUUUUAGUGGAAUCCGAAGCCUGUACUUCUUUAUUAUGCUCCAAUUCCCAACAAUUGCAAAGGCUUUAGGAGUCAAACUGUUUUCGGAUAAAUUUUGUGCGUUCUUCAGAAACCUCGUUUGGGACACAAUUCGGCACAGAGAACGUGAGAACAUCGUCCGGCCGGAUAUGAUUAAUCUCCUGAUCCAAGCUCGAAAAGGAAAGCUAAAGCACGAGGAAGAGGAAACAGAAAAUGCAGGAUUUGCUACUGUUGAGGAAACUCAUGUUGGAGAAGCUAUUCACCAGAGCAAACUCGAAGAAGACGAUUUAACGGCCCAGUGCCUUAUCUUCUUCUUAGCUGGAUUCGAUACAGCUAGUACAUGUAUGUGUUUUACGGCUCAUGAAUUAGCAGCUAAUCCAGACGUCCAGAAGAAACUCAUUGCAGAAGUGGAUGCUACAAAGGAAAAACUGGCUGGAAAACCUUUGGGUUACGAAGAUCUACAGAAUAUGCCUUAUCUUGAUAUGGUAAUAUCAGAGAGUCUCCGAUAUUGGCCACCCGCUAUUGCGACUGAUCGCAAAUGCGUCAAGCCCUAUACAAUAAAAACGGAUGAAGUAAACUGUGAUGUGCAAGUCGGAGAAGCUAUCCUGAUUCCGAUUGUGAGCCUACAUCAUGAUCCAAAAUACUUUACCAAUCCAUCACGAUUUGAUCCUGAAAGAUUUAGUGAGGAAAACAAGCGCGAUAUUACUCCGUUCACAUAUCUUCCUUUCGGAGUUGGUCCAAGAAACUGCAUAGGAUCGAGAUUUGCAUUGAUGGAGACCAAGGCCAUCAUUUACUACAUCUUGACCAAGUUUACCUUUGAAGUAUCCGAAAAAACGCAGGUUCCACUGAAACUCGCUAAGUCGGGAUUUGCUUUGAAACCAGAAAAAGGCUUCUGGGUAGAUCUUAAGCCAAGAAAUAAGAAUAUUGUUUAAAAAACUAUACUAAAAUAAAAAUUAUUUGAACAAAUUA